AUGGCGAGCGGAACCCAUACCACCUCGACUUCGAGUUCCAGCACGAGGAUCGUCGCGCGCAAAUUUCAUCUGGGAUGGCAUCGAUUCGUCCCCUUUCUGGGUUACCACCACGUGCUGAUGAUUUUGAUCGUCGUCGCAAUCAUCUUGCUUUCGCUGCUGCUUGCUGGCUGCUCAUCCUCGUCGCCUCUGAUCCCCGGCAUUUUCCUGCUCUCCAUCUACUACAAGGGCUACGAGGCGCACCCCGACACGGCGCAGGUCGAUUACAGCUUCUACGGCGCCCUCAAGAGCUUUGCUGGAAACGCCCAGUUGCAGGCUCGAGUUGGUUACUUUGGCAUCUGCAUCAACCCGGACGGCGGCUCGUGGCUGUGUAGUAACAAUGCGACCGCCUUGGCCAAGGAAGUCUCGGUGGACCAGGACCCUCUCAACCUCAUUUGGCUGGCGGCCCAAUUCAAAGACAUGAUUGUGUUUCCCUACCUGAUCAUCAUCGCCAUCAUCUUCGCCUUCAUCUGUCUGCUUCUUUUGGCUACCUUUCCCGGAUGGCAUGAGGAGGAGGACUCUGAAGGAUCCGAGCGCGAAGUCAAGCCAUUCCCCUCUCGCCCCGUCUCGCAAGUCGCACUGGCCAUCAUCUUCAUCUCGUCCAUCUUCGUUCUCGUCUCGGUUCUCUGGCAGCAUACUGCAUCCGUCGCAGCAUCCGUUAUUGCUCAAGACUUUGGCAACGGUGUGGUCAAGAGCGGCGUGGGAAGCAGCGCCAUGGUAAUGGGCUGGUUCUCGUUUACGCUGCUCAUCAUCGUCACCAUUGGUUUGCUCGUAAUGAUAUUGAGCAUACGCGUCCUGAGUUCAAUGGUGUGA